AUGGAGAGUGACUUCUACGGACUUCAAAAACAAAUUUGGCGCUUUAUAGGAACUCAAAGAAAAGAGAUUAACGAGUUUGUUAAAACAAAUCACAUAGCAAGGGAAUCCUGGAUUGAUUAUUUGUCAGAACUAUACAAAUCAGAAGAAAUAGAGGUUGAACUAAAUACACCCGAAAUAAUGACCAACGACAACGUACAGAUUAAGGCAGCCGAUAUAAUUACAUCCCUUCGAAAGCUACAGAAUAGGAAGAGCCCAGGGCAAGAUGAUAUCCCAAACGAAUUACUUAAAUAUGGCGGCCAAAGUCUCAUAGAGCAGCUAACAUCCCUGAUUCAAAAAAUCCAACACAGGAUACCCGAUGAAUGGCGAACCAGCACCACUAUCUUGAUGUUUAAAAGAGGGGAUAAGAAGCUGCCCUCAAACUAUAGAGGCAUAAAUCUUCUAAGCACCACACUAAAACUUACGACAAAAGUGAUAACAACCAAAAUUAACGACUUAACAUGCUUAGCAGAUGAACAGCAAGGUUUCAGAUCGGGCAGAUCAUGCACAGACGCGGUUUUUGUCAUAAGACAGAUAAAUAGAAAAAUCAAUCGAUAA